GCAAUGCGGACUGGCGCAUGCGCGCUGCUGUCAGAGCCAAAGGACAAUGAAGUGUGGUAUUGUGUCAAGGUAUUAUGGAGUUUCUUAUUUAUUCUUUUGGCCAGUUUCGAGGAGUUUGAAUAAGCUAGUUGUUCCAUAGCUCUCGGUCAUUUGUCUUUAACCUCUGAACCUCUUUAUGAAGAACAUUUGGACCUCUGUGAGCUCAUGUACUACAGAGUUCCUGCUUGGACUCUAUCCUCAGUGUUUGAACCGGUGUCUUGUUUACAUUGAGUUGAUUUCCAUGCCUCUGUCCUCUACACUGGAUUUCCAUACUGUAAGAAGAGAAGGUUAACUGAUUUCCAAGUCUAACUGGGAUCUGAAACGUUGCCUUGUUGGUUCUUACUCGAGGAGCAACCGCCUUAUAGGAUCUGAAGUCCUGUCUCACAAUGGAUGGGAAGAUGUUUUCGUUUCAGCCCUGGCUUUUCUACAGCUAGAUGCAAUACUUUGUGCCAUUGCUCGUGAUUCUUUUCUGCAGGGAUCUCUUGCACAAUGUCCGAUGUUACCGUCAUAAAGAGAAAGGAGAAAUGUGAAAAUUGCACUAAACAGUGCAAGAAGAAACAGAGCGACGAUGCUGUAAGCUUACAGCCUGACGGAGGUGUUGCCAAUGGAGAGGUAAGUGGUCAGCCUGUGUUGCUGAGUGCAUGUCUGUCCUGCGAUGGCUGCGUGUCUGAGGAAGAGAACCAGAAAAUCUCCCAACAGAGCCUGCAGGAGAUCAACCGUGUUCUUGCACUCAAUAAGAAAUGUGAUUCCUCGAAGCACAAAGUGCUGGUGGUGUCUGUGUGUCCUCAAUCAUUGCCAUUUUUUGCUGUGAAAUUUCAUCUGGACAUCCCGGCAGCUGCACAAAAGCUCUGUGGCUUCCUGAAGAGUGUGGGAGUGAAAUAUGUGUUUGACACGACACUGGCUGCUAGCUUCAGCAUUCUGGAGAGUCAGAGGCAGUUUGUACAGCGCUAUCGACGCAGGCAUAGUGAUGUCCAUGCUAUGCCGAUGUUCACCUCUUCGUGUCCAGGAUGGAUCCGUUAUGCAGAGCAUGUACUGGGAAGUCUGGUCACACCGCACAUCUGUACAGCGAGGUCACCUCAGCAGAUCAUGGGUGCUCUGGUCAAAGAUUACUUCACCAGGCAGCAGAAGCUGAGCCCAGAGCAGGUGUACCAUGUGGUGCUGGCCCCCUGCUUUGAUAAGAAGCUGGAAGCAGUGAGAGAAGAGUUUUACAACAGCUUGCUUCAGACAAGAGAUGUGGACUGUGUGCUUACAUCUGUGGAAAUUCUGCACAUGAUGGAGCAGAGUAAUGUUUCUGUGGAGGAUGUUGAACCUGUUCCUCUGGACCAUGUUUUUGGUGAGAUCAAUGACACAAGCUUGAUGAGGCAUGAGGGGCGAGGCUCUGAAGGCUUCCUAGAGCACAUUUUAAAAUAUGCUGCCAAAGAGCUCUUUGGCCUGGAUGUUAAUGAGAUUGAAUACAAGACACUCAGGAACCGAGACUUCCAGGAGGUGGUGCUAGAGCGUGAUGGAGAGACACUGCUUCAGUUUGCUGCAGUCUAUGGUUUCCGGAACAUUCAGACUCUUGUGCACCGCAUGCGGAAAGGCAAAGUACCCUACCAGCUAGUGGAAGUUCUGUCCUGUCCUGGAGGUUGUAUCAGUGGGCGCGGGCAAGCAGAGGGAGAAGGAGGAAGGCCUGACCGAGCUCUAGUCCAGCAGAUGGAGGAAGCGUACAGCUCUCUGUCUGUCCGGCUUCCUGAAGCCAACCCUGAAGUCCAACGUCUCUAUGAGGAUUGGCUGGAGGGAGAGGACUCUCCAUGUGUCCAGCAGACUCUCCACACUCAUUACAACAACCACACACAGUCACCCUCAAACACCCCCGGGCCUGAUAUACAGUGGUGAAGUCGGUCAGAAAAAGGACCUGUUUAUUUCUGUACGUCAGAGCAGAGUUUCACAGCUGGCAAACAAAAGGAUCCAAGUAAAGAUCAGGAUGUGGCUAUGAAAGACUUCCUGUUAUAGGAGACAUGAUGUCUAAGCAGCCAAUCACAGACCUGCUUUUUUUUAAGUAACUUUCCUGAAGAUCAAUGAAUUGUAAGGGAAAUCAUGAUGUCAUACGUCCUUUUAAUCUUAGAGUAAAAUUCUCCAGCGCAAUAACAAAAGACCAUGAUUGAAUUAGUCAUAGCUUUUGGUUACAUGAACUGUUAGUGCCUGUCUGGGAUUGUUCCUAAAAUAAAGUGCUAAAAGGUUUACUGGUUAUUGGUGCCACGGCAUAAUAAAAAUUUAUUCGUUGAA